AUGGAUGCCACACAAUUUGCGGCGAUGAUGGACUUGUUACGACAGACCCUCACUGCUGCGGUGCAGGGGGCUGCUAGACCCGCAGGUCCAGAUCCCAGGUUGCAGAGACCCACCAAAAUGACGGCUGAUGAUCGCCCUGAAGCCUACCUGGAGGUGUUCGAGGCUAUGGCGAUCUCGGCCGGGUGGGACCAGGCACAGUGGGCUACCUGCCUCUUACCCCAGCUGACGGGAGAGGCACAGGCAGCCGCGAGGGCGCUGUCCCCGGAACAAAUGCUGGAUUACCCCACCCUAAAAGCGGCCAUCCUUAAUCGGGUGGGGGCCACGCCAGAGGGAUAUCGGCGAAAGUUCCGGGAGGCGCAGUUUUCGGCGGAGGAGCAUCCCAGAACCAUAGCCCACCGCUUAAAGGAUUACGCUCUGGGCUGGUUGAACCCGGACGCGACCACCAAAGCCAGGUUGGUGGAGGUGAUCGUGGUGGAGCGAUUUCUGGAGUGCUUGGCUCCGGGACCUCGGCUAUGGGUACAGCGGCAGGCCCCUGCCACUUUGGACCGGGCGGUUGAGUUGGCAGAGCAAUACCAGGCGGCGGAGCCAACGCCAGCGAAACCGUCUGGACGAAGUGGGGCUACCGGAUCGUUCCCUCAACUGGCCCCGGAGAGGGCGAAGGGACUGGGGGGACGGGGAUGA